GAAGUCUUAAAAAACAGUCGCAUCAAAAACUCAUUUCUCGCUCUCUCUCUCUGAAUGACCCUUAAAACCCCAACUCUUCAAAGCUUUUUAGCCAUUGUUAUAAAUCCUUCAAACUAAACCCCAAAACCCUAAAAUCAAGAAAACCACUUCCAUUAUUACCCAAAAAAAAAAAAAAAAACAAAAAAGGAAAACCACUUCCAUUUUUCACGUUCUCCCCUAAACCCCCCACCCAAACAGCAAAUGUCCGCCCACUCUUCCCCCUUUCCUUCCUGCUUCCGCCCCACCACCACCGCCACCGAGAAGCACCACACUCCGCCGCCGCCGCCGCCUCCUCCGCCGAUCUCCGGCAACCCCAACCUCACCACCUCUCUCUACCACACCGACCUUGCGGUUUUCUCUCUCACAUGGUCUCGCUCUUUCCUCGGCCGUUCCCUCCAUCUGAAUCUCCUCCACCGUGGAUUCGAUUCCCCUCCUCCUACUCUGCUUUCGUCUCCGUCUUUUCAUCUCCACAUCAAACCCUUCAUCUUCUGGAAGAGACAUGGAUCCAAAAAGCUCGCCCACAACAUUUAUAUCUUCUGGGAGCUUUCCAGAGCCAAAUUCGGGUCGGGUCCCGAUCCGCAAUCCGGGUUCUACAUCGCCGUCGUUGUUGACAAGGUAAUGACUCUGCUCGUCGGCGAUUUGACCAAAGAAGCCUAUGCAAAAACCAAAGCCCAGAAAUCUCCGAGCCCUCAAGUUCUGUUUCUGAAAAGAGAGCAUGUCAUCGCCAACAAAAUCUACACCACGAGAGCCAAAUUCGGUGGGAAAAUUAGAGAGAUCCAAAUAGAUUGUGGGUUUAACGAUUGCACGAGGCUCAGCUUCAGUGUUGAUAACAAAAGGGUUUUGCAGAUAAAGCGUUUGAAGUGGAAAUUCAGAGGGAAUGAGAGAGUGGAGAUCGAUGGCGUGCCCGUACAAAUCUCGUGGGAUGUCUACAAUUGGCUUUUCGAGAACGAUAGCGAUGAUGGACAUGCGGUUUUCAUGUUCAAAUUCGAAGAGGAAGAAGGAGAUAAUCAAUCGGGUCAAUUGGGAGAUAAAAAUGAUAUGGCUCUGUGGGCACACCAACAGUGUUGGAAUAUGGGUAUGAAUGGGAUCGAGUGGAGGAAGAAGGGGAAGAGCUUGUCGUCUUCAUCGGUUUCAAUGUCGUCUGGUGGGUCUUCCGGUGGAGGCUCAUCGGUUAUGGAAUGGGCUAGUAUGGAGGAGAGCGAGCUGAGUGGUGGUCCUUAUGGGUUUUCUUUGCUGGUUUAUGCUUGGAGGAGAUAAACAGUAAAAAAUUUCAUUGGAUUUCCUUUUUCCAUAUUUGUGGCUUCUCUCUUCCAAUUUGGCAUUGUUAGUUUGUUACCAUAUAUAGUUUUUAUCUCAACUAACCCCAUUUGUUCAUGAACAUAGCUUAGUAAAUUGAUUUACGAGGAAACAAGAAGUAGGAAAUUCAUACCAUAUAUAUAUAUAUAUAUACUUAGAUAGAUCUGACAAUUUCUCCUUAGCAACAAGAAAAAAGGAAACUAAUUUCUUUGAUUUUAUUUUUUAUUUUUGGUAUCGAUUAUUGUUUGUAAUUGAUUAGUAGUGUUGCAUUGUUUGGAUUAAUCGAAAUUUGUGAAACAUAUCUAUGAGCAGAAUAGAUACAUUUGUUAUAUUAUUAUUAUUA